ACCUCCGUGCGUCCAGGCGACCGGGCGGUGCGAACCCUAGACGAGAUUAGAUUGGAGGGGAGCGCCACCACCGGCGGAGGAGGACGACGACAAGAUGCUGAGGGUUGCGGGGAGGAGGCUCUCGUCUUCCCUCUCCUGGCGCCCCGCCGCGGCCGCUGCCAGGAACCCGCUUGCCGGCGCUGGCGCCCCCGGCGGGGACGACGACUCCGCCCGCGGCCGGAGCCAGCCGCGGUUCUCCAUCGAGUCCCCCUUCUUCGCCGCCGCCAGGGGUUUCUCUUCUGCUGAAACACUUGUCCCAAGGAACCAAGAUGCUGGCCUAGCUGAUGUUCCAGCAACUGUGGCUGCUGUAAAGAACCCUAACCCAAAGGUGGUUUAUGAUGAGUACAACCAUGAAAGAUAUCCUCCUGGAGAUCCCAGCAAGCGUGCCUUUGCAUACUUUGUCCUGAGUGGUGGGAGAUUCAUUUACGCAUCACUGCUGCGUCUCCUCGUAUUGAAGUUUGUCCUAAGCAUGUCAGCAAGUAAGGAUGUGCUUGCCCUCGCUUCACUCGAGGUGGACCUCUCCAGCAUUGAACCAGGCACCACAGUGACUGUGAAGUGGCGUGGGAAGCCGGUCUUCAUCAGGCGCCGGACUGAGGAUGACAUCAAGCUGGCCAACAGCGUGGACGUCGCGUCCCUGCGCCACCCAGAGCAGGACGCGGAGCGCGUGAAGAACCCUGAGUGGCUGGUGGUCAUUGGCGUCUGCACCCACCUCGGCUGCAUCCCGCUUCCGAACGCAGGAGACUUUGGUGGCUGGUUCUGCCCGUGCCACGGCUCCCACUACGACAUCUCCGGGAGGAUCCGUAAGGGACCUGCGCCGUUCAACCUUGAGGUGCCCACCUACAGUUUCUUGGAGGAGAACAAGCUGCUCAUAGGCUAAGAGCUUGGAAAGCACCGUCAAUUUUAUCUACCUUAAUCCACAGAGGUGAAUCCCUUCUGUGCUGUUAUAUUGUUUCUUUUUUUGUUGGGUUGGCUAAAAUUUUGUUUCGCCGGAGUCAGGGCCAUGCCAUGAUGGUUUACUGUCAUCUGCUAAAGUGAAUGUUUCAAGUAAAAAUAAUUUGCCACUGUUCUGCUACUGAAAUGUAAGUUGGAAAUGAAUUGGGAACUUCAUUUUUUCCAAGGUAAUGUAGGAAGGAUAUUGGAUGCAUCAUUCUGGCACAUUCUCAUGUGAUGAAUAAUAAGCAGUCUCUGUUAA